AUGUCUGCCUCCGACUCCCCAAUGCCUUAUGUAUCCGCCGCCCAGCCCGACGACAUGGACACCACCGCCCACGAGUGGUACACCCUGCCCGUCAACGUACGCCUGCCGCCUCCCGCCCGCCCGCAAAACAUGCAAUUGACAACAUCAAAGGCCCCCUACGACGCCCACUAUGGCUUCGUGAACCCCUACGUCACCCCCUCCGUGUCGUCCGCCGGCUUCUCGCCCAUUCCCGAGCACGCCAAAUCCACCGGCGCGCCCACGCCCAUGCUCGGCUACACCACCGCCGACUCGUCCACCUUCCCCCCCGUCUCGGACUCCAUCCCCUUCCCGCUCGCCGACGCCGCACCCCCGCGUCUCUCCAUUCCCUCGCACCUCGAGUCUUCGCAGGGCUACAACCUCUUCCGCGGCUCCGACAACUACUACGUCUACGGCUGCAACCUUCCGUUUGACAGCAUCCCGCCACGCCCGCACAGCAGCCCGAGCGUCUUCAGCCCCGUCACGCCCGGCGGCGGCAGAGCCUCCGAGCACUUCGCCUGGCCCACCACCUCCAACGCCCUCGGCAUCUCGCACCCGGGCAUCGACGAGACCAUGUUCAACACCACCACCAGCCACCACCACCACCCGGCAGUGCUUGCAUCCAGCCCCCCGCAGGCCAGCAACGCCCCCACCCCCGAGAUCCGCGCCCCUAAGCCGAACCGCCCGUACGCCCUGAUCGCCCCUCACCCGAUGGGCAUCCAGCGCCUCGCCGCCACCACCAAGCGUGGCCACGAGGAUGACUCGGAGAUGGCCGAGACAUCCAUCAAGCGCCGCAAGUCCAGCGGUUCCACCGGCUUGCACGAGCUCGGCGAGGAGGACAAGCUGCUCCUCAAGCUCAAGGACGAGGAGACGCUCCCGUGGAAGGACAUCGCCGCCCGCUUCCAGACCGACCUGGGCAAGACGUACCAGAUCCCCGCCCUGCAAAUGCGCCUGAAGAGGCUGAGGGAGCGUCUCCGGGUCUGGACCGAUUCCGACGUGAAGGCGCUGCGCAUGGCUUACGACUACUGGAGGGACCAAAAGUUUGAGAUUAUUGCUUCAAAGAUGAUGGAAUUCGGAGCCUCGGACAGGUGGACCGCCAAACAGUGCGCCCGGAAGUGGGCCGAAAUCGACCCCAGCGCAACGCCCUUCAUGACGACCCAGGAUGAGCCCCAGCAGGCGACUUUCUCGUACACGGCGAGCCCCGAGAGCACCAGCUACCUGCCCUACAUGCACAUGCCUUGA